AUGCAGUUCCUCAAGCUAGCCGCCGUGGCCGCCGCUCUGCUGGGCCAGUCCAUCGCGUUCCCCAGCCCGGAGCAGGACUGCGUUGAUUCGGAGGUCCCUUACAUUCGUUCCUACUUCUACGUCGGAGGCGGUUACGUCGACGAUGGCUCCGGAGGUCACAUCUUCCGUGAUCAGAUGUACGUCGAGAAGUUGCUCCCUACCUUUGGAGUCACCCAGGAGACGCCGAUCGUCCUCAUUCAUGGACAGGCCCAGACGGGUACCAACUUCCUCAACAAGCCCGAUGGCGGGCGCGGAUGGGCCUCCCACUUCGUGAGGCAAGGCUUCGAGGUCUACAUCGUCGACCAGACCUUCCGCGGUCGGUCCGCCUGGAUGCCCGCGUACGGCGCGUCCAAGCCGUCGACCUACUCCGCCGAGAUCAUCCAGCAGCGCUUCACCGCCGUCAAGGACUACAUGCUCUGGCCCCAAGCCGCCAACCACACCCAGUGGCCCGGUACCGGUGCCAUGGGCGAUCCCGUCUUCGAUGCCUUUUACAGCUCCAACGUCGAGUUUGUCAACAACGCCACCUACCAGCAGAAGACCGUCCAAGACGCCGGUGCCGCGCUCCUCGACAAGAUCGGCCGCCCCGCCGUCGUCCUCGGCCACAGCCAGGGCGGCCUCAUGCCCAUCAUCAUCGCCGACGUCCGCCCCGAGCUCACCAAGGCCCUCAUCCUCCUCGAGCCGACCGGCCCUCCCUUCCAGGAGGCCGUCUUCAGCACCAAGGCCGGCCGUCCCUACGGCCUGACCGACAUCCCCAUCACCUACUCCCCCGAGGUCACCGACCCUACCACCGACCUCGUCCAGGCGACCUACGCCGCCAAGGGCGAGAACUACGUCCAGUGCGUCCUGCAGGCUGAGGAGCCCGCGCCCCGCCAGCUCGUCAACCUCGCCGGCAAGCCCAUCCUCCUCGUCACCUCCGAGGCCUCCUACCACGCGCCCUACGACCACUGCACCGUGGAGUUCCUGCAGCAGGCCGGAUGCAGCAAGGCCGAGCACCUCGAGCUUGGCGAGGCCGGAAUCCACGGCAACGGCCACAUGUUCUUCAUGGAGAAGAACAGCUUCGAGAUCCAAAAGGUCCUGAGAGACUGGAUCCUCGCUUUGUAA